AUGCAGUCUGCCUAUCUCACAGUUUGCCUCCUGUGCCUCAUCAGCUUCACCUCAGCUUGUUACAUCAACAACUGUCCUGUAGGAGGCAAGCGAUCCAUCAUGGACAUGGAGGUCAGACAGUGUAUACCAUGUGGUCCUGGUAACAGAGGCCAUUGCUUUGGAGCCAGUAUCUGCUGUGGGGAGGGGUUUGGCUGCUACAUUGGAACCUCCGAGACCCUGAGGUGUCAGAAGGAAGAUUACCUGCUGUCUCCUUGUGAACCCAGUGGCAGGGCCUGUGGCAGCAAUGGCGGGAAAUGUGCCUCAUUUGGAAUCUGUUGUACACAGGAGAGCUGUGUCCUGGAUCCUAUUUGUGAUGCCAGGAGUGUCUUCUCUUCAGAUUAA